UCUCUGUUCGUGCAGUGCAAUAUUACUUCGUUACAAUUCGUGCAAUAUUGGAGUGUAAUAAUUAAUUAAUUAUGGAGAGACUAAUAAAAGUUAUCGAAAAUUUGUAUAGGGGCAACAUGAAAAAUGAAAAAGAUGUCGUGAAAUGGUUGAAUGAAUAUGCGGAACAUUUUCGUCAUGGCGUUAUAAGUCCAGUAUUAAAAAUCCUAAAAAGUUUGCAUACAGGUGAAGCCAAAAAUUUGCCUUGUAGGAGUCAUAGUUCCGCCACACAGAGAGAUGUGUACUGCACUUUAUCAUUGGACCAAGAGGAAAUAUUUAGAACAUCCACUGUUUAUCAAACCCUAAGUCCGUUUUUUGGAGAGGAAUUCCAGUUCGACGUACCACGAAACUUCCGGUACAUCUCGCUUUACAUAUUUGACCGGGACAAGCAGAAUAAUAAACAGGACAAAGUGCUGGGUAAAGUAGCGAUCCGUCGGGAGCAUCUCGCUUCCUACAACAACCGAGACCACUGGUUUCCAAUAAAAGCCGUCGAUGCUGAUAGCGAGGUUCAAGGUAAAGCAAACAUCGCUAUUAAGUUCGAACCGGUGAUCAACCAAGGGAACAAGUACUGUUGCGACGUGAUCACCCGCAAGCUCUUAGUACAGGUCGUCGAGUGUUUAGAUUUAACUUUAAAGAACGGCACUUGCGAUCCUUACGCCUUAAUAUCGGUGACGUAUACGAACGGCAAAAGACAUUCGAAAAAGACUAAAGUACGGAAAAAAACCACAAGGCCUCAGUUCGAAGAAGUCUUUUCGUUUAAUUGUUUCGACGAUAGCGAUCACGAGGUGGAAAUUUGUGAACUGCUGGUGUCCAUCUGGCACGACACCCCCGGCAUUAACGACGACGUUUUUCUUGGGGAAGUCAGAGUGCAACUCAGGGGAUUUCAGCAACAGAACGCCGCUCAUCCGAAUGCUUGGUAUUUUCUCCAGCCUAGAUCAGGUAGAAACCGUCCAUUUUUAACUCACUCCACUCCGCCAGGUACUAGACUCUCUAGCGAUAAUACUCUGGGAUCGCUCAGGUUACAGGUGCAAUAUACAGAAGAUCGCGUAUUUCCGGCAGGAGUUUAUGAAAAUCUUAAGACUUUACUUUUAAGCAGUUUAAAUGUACAGCCUAUAACAAACAGUUCCAUUUUUAUCUUAGGGGAAAUAAUUAAUAAAAUUGAGAUAGCACCGGCUUUAGUGAGGAUCCUGCUUCACGCGGAGAAGGUCGUACCGGUCAUAAGGGCUUUAGCGGAUGUCGAAAUAGCGAAUGUUACGGACGCAACGACAAUUUUCCGCGGAAAUACACUAGUUUCGAAAAUGAUGGACGAAGCGAUGAGACUAAUAGGCCUGCAGUACCUUCACAAAACUUUAAGGCCCACGUUAGAGCUUAUCAUUAGUGAAAAGAAACCGUGCGAAAUCGAUCCUACUCGCGUAAAAGAUCCGAAUACCAUUCAAGUAAAUCAGGCCAACCUAAAGUUUUACAUCCAGAAAAUCUUCGAAGAUAUCACCCAGAGUGCGGUGCAUUGUCCGUCGUUAAUGUGUCAGAUUUUUUACCACCUAAAGGAAUGCGCUAUGACUUAUUUUCAAAACAAUUCUGAAGUUAGGUACUCUGUGAUAUCGGGUUUUAUAUUCUUAAGGUUUUUCGCUCCAGCUAUUUUAGGACCCAGGCUAUUUGACUUAACUACUCAGGCCAUAGAUUACCAGACCAAUAGGACCCUCACUUUAAUCUCUAAGACGAUACAGUCACUAGGAAAUUUAGUGAGCUGUAGAUCUACUCAGCAAGUAAUGAAAGAAGAGUACAUGGAGUUUUUGUACAAAGCAUUUUGUACGGACGCGCACAAGACUGCAAUGAGGAAAUUCUUGGAAAUUAUUUCGGCCAGUACUUCGAGUCCCCCAAUUAUCGAAAAUGACAAGCCCGUUACUCUUAAAGAAGGGUUGAUGAUUAAAAGGGCUCAAGGCAGAAAAAGGUUCGGAAGGAAAAACUUUAAGCAACGAUAUUUCAAGUUAACAACUCAGAAUUUGAGUUACUCAAAGAGCCGGGGGAAAGAAGCGUUAUGCGUAAUACCAUUAAACAACAUCUUGGCGGUGGAGAGACUGGCGGAAACCUCUUUUAAAAUGAAGAAUAUGUUUCAAAUAGUCCAGCCGGAACGCGCGUUAUACGUUCAGGCUGCCAAUUGCGUGGAAGAAAAGGAAUGGGUGGACUUACUGACGAAAAUAUGUCAAACGAACGCGAAUCGCCUUCAAAAGUAUCACCCGUCCGCGUUUAUAAAUGGCGAAUGGAUGUGCUGUAAGUCUCCAAACGAACUGGCCCCCGGAUGUAGCGAAGUGUCGCAGGUCGAUAGCAAUAAUUACCAUAUGACCCUCGAUUCGGAGCGGGACCUUCAAAGGGUCCAUUCGCUCGUAAUAGCUCACGUGCUGCAUUUGGAACGAUUCAUCCAGAUGUUGGACGAUCGAAACCCGGAGAUUCGUGACGUGAUGAAGCAGCUGCUCGAGGUUUCGUUCGCGAUAGAAGAUCGCCAUCAGAGCUACAGACGGACCCUUAAUAGAAAUACCAAAUAUGGCAGUUUAGCCGCUCCCAUAGGAGACGACAACUAUCUUCUGGCAUCUCGAAUGAAUUUGGACCCGAACGUGUUGCUACGUCACAGAGGACCGGAAUGAUCUUGUGCAGCUUUAUUACGCUAAUUAUUUUAGCUAUUCGUCAUAUUUAUUCGCGUCGAAUUGGUGCCGAGUAACUUUUUUACUAGUGCAGAAAUUUUUGUCGGUAUUAAUGUUAUACCGAUGCCGAUUUGUUUUUAAGAAGUAACACCACCAUUAAUGCUUUUCUGGCUCAACAUUAUAUGUUCAUGGUUUCGGAAUAUUUUCGAUGGUUAAGGCUCAGGGUGUAAGUAAGUACAGUUUAACAGUUACUUUAGUUCCAGGUGAACAAUAGUAAUAAUAGACAAUUGAAUCUUAUAAAAGCAAAAUCCGACAAAUCCACUUUUAGAAAAUUUUGGGAAAUGAGAAAAAACGAUAAGGGGAAGUUAAAAGCCCAAUAACUUUUUAAGUUUCUUUAUAUACAUAGAGCAAGUCAUCAAGCAUCUAAUUUUGAACAAUUCAACCUGGAAAAACAUCUUAGUGUAAAGUUAUUUGAAAUUAUUUUUUUUUUGUCGGAUUUUGAAACUCACCAUAGUGGAUUUGUCGUAUUUUGUAAAAAAAAACUUUUGUUUUUAAAAUACGUAUUUUAUUACGGAAAAAUUUAACAAAUAUAGAUACUAAUACCGAAAUUAUUUAAAAAAUAGUUUAAACUAACAAA